AUGGCUGCAGCUACGCCCGACCUGACGGCCAAAUGUAGGCUCCUUGAAUUGAGUGUCAUCUCCUCGACGAGCAUCUCCAAUCGCACGACAGCCCUGAUCGCACACAUCAAGUCCACACCAGCCGACGAGAAACCCGCCGUUGUUGCAUUGAAGGCCAAAGCACCCGUCGCCAACAAGCUCAUCAGUAUCGUCGAGAUUGCAAAGAGAGAGUUGAAAGAGGCUGGCACCAACAUCUACCAAUACAAUGCUCUCGGCUCGGAAUUGAUCGAAUCAAAGCCUGCCACCAAGGACACGACCGACGAUGCUGCUCUGCCCGACGAAGAGCCCGCCUUUCAACAUGUUGAGCAGAAGACAACUGUCAGAAACGUCCCUGUCAUGACUGCAUAUCUGAGUCUAGUGCCCAUCAAGGAACUACGUGAUGCUCAUGGUGAACAAGUCGGAUGA